GGAGUUAGCUAAUCGGUUGCGGUCCACGGCUACACCUGAUCAGUCUCUCACGUUCAUCCUCUCACAAUAACUCACAACAUGGAUGAUUUUGACAUGCUGAACGCGCCCCCAGCUGGAAACGGCGUCGGCUCCGAUGAAGACCCCGCUGCCGCGUUUUUGGCCCAGCAGGAGAGCGAAAUCGCCGGGAUUGAAAACGACGAAGGCUUCAGCAUCCUGGACAGCGGAGAGGUCCCCACGUCGCUGGGAGACUCUAACGAUGGUGCUGUCAACGGAGAGCUUCAUGUGGUACCGGAAAGCAACGGUCCAUCUGAUGCCUACGCAGCGAUUUCGAGUGCAGACCGGCUGCAGGCCGAACCUGAAAGCCUACGCAAGUGGAGGGAGGAGCAAGGCGAGCGGCUGGAGUUGCUCGAUGAGAACUCUCUGAAGCAGGAGUCAGAGUUGAAGGACAAAGCCAAGGUAGAGCUGGAAGAGUGGCACGCCAGGCAGAACGAGCAGCUGGAGAAAACCAAAACCAAUAACAGGGUGCUGGAUGAAGACUUCUACAAGCAGCCCUUCUCUGAGCUCAUUGGUUAUGUCACACACAUUAACCAUCCUUGCUACCGCCUAGACCAGGCGGCCGAGGAUGCCAUGAUUUCGGAUCUGGAUGAGAACAACCCGGGCACGGAGUGGGAGCGGGUGGCCCGGCUCUGUGACUUCAACCCCAAGUCCAGCAAGCAGGCCAAAGAUGUGUCCCGCAUGCGCUCCGUCCUCAUCUCCCUGAAGCAGUCCCCGCUGGUCCGCUAGGCGGCCGAGGCGGCUCGGGGGCGUCAUUCCAUUUCAUCGUCUGUCACCACACACACACACACACACACACCAACCAACCCAACGACCGCAAUCUGUAUUCCCCCCUCCCCCCUUAUCUCUAUCUCUACCUAGCAGUGCUGUAGAGAUUAGCCUUGAAGCACCAGCCCCCCUCUCCCCCCCCCCCCAAAAAAAAGAUUUCACCUGUAACGGUCUCGUAAUUCAGCUUCCUCGUUGUUUAACCGAGACGAGGGCCUGCUGGGUCUCAUGGUCUCGUGUUACACGUUGUCUGAGGCUGGUGAGUUGGCACGCUAAAAGGGACGGGUUGACGCGAGUUUGUGCUUACAGCUACACUCCGACCCGUUUCAAUUUCAUUCCCAUGAUGCUCUUCACCGGUCCGUCUCAUGAAUCCUUCUCUGGCCCACGAGGGUCGAUUGAUGUUUAAUGUUUUGCCUUUUGGUUCCCAUCCUUGCAUCAAACGUAUUUCAGAAUCCUUUUUUUUUUUGAAGGACCAAACUCGAUGACAAAGUUCAGUGUGUACUUUGAACAGUGUGUGUAGAGCCUGCUUGUGGCACAUUAUGUUCCAAUCUAUGCAUUUCCUUUGGAAAAGCCUCUUCUCCAGUCAGGAACUAAGUCCAGUCAUUACAAUAAAUAUGAACAGUUUGUGUGUGCGUUUAAACCUCAACAGUGUGUAUGUACUCUUAUGCGUGUACCUAAUGUACAUAUACCGAAGGCACUAUAUAUACAGUAUAUGAAACGUUUGUCACUGAAAUUAAACAUUUGUGGUUUUAAAGAUAACUAGAUAGUAGCCAGCUGUUGCUUGACCAUGCGUGUUCAUUGUCCAUUUGAUUUCAAUGUCAGUAAAAAGUGAAUUAAA